AUGGAUAUCACCACGAACGCAAAGGGCUACAGAUUUCGUGUACCGAAGCCUAAUUAUCUUCCCCACAGGGCCGACAAAGAUGACAUUGUCGAGGAGUACACACCUCUGGGUAAAGCCAGCGAGCUUGAUGAGGCCAAGUACUACAACAAGAUCAAGCGCACUGCGCUGGAAUCGGGCAUCACUCGCCCCAAAGGCUACACCGUCUCAUUUCAUUGCAAUCCCGAGAUGGAGAAGCACCACUUCGGCCAGACCCAUCCUAUGAAACCAUGGCGCCUCACUCUAUCCAAGAGUCUCAUCUCAUCCUACGGCAUGUCCUUCGCCAUGGACAACUACAUCGCCCGAACCGCCACUUACGAAGAGUUGAACGCCUUUCACUCCGAUGACUACCUGGACUUUCUGGGCACAGUCCUCCCUGAGCCCGUCCCGCGGGACGUCGAGAAUGCCAACCCGGAUCUUAAGUUUAAUCUGGGUGGCUCCGACUGUCCCCUUUUCGAGGGCCUCUACGACUACUGUUCCAUGUCAGCAGGUGGUUCACUCGACGCUGCACGGAAAAUCUGCUCAAAGCAAUCAGACAUCGCUGUCUCUUGGGGAGGGGGCCUUCAUCACGCCAAGAAGGCUGAAGCAUCCGGUUUCUGCUACAUCAACGACAUCGUCCUUGCCAUUUUGCAGUUGCUGCGGUGUUAUCCUCGCGUCCUCUACAUCGACAUUGACGUUCAUCACGGAGACGGCGUCGAGGAGGCUUUCUACUCUACCGACCGCGUCAUGACGGUGUCGUUUCAUAAAUACGACCCUCUAAACUUCUUUCCCGGCACCGGCGGUUUGGACGACAAUGGCCCUAAGAACGAACACAAUCCAGGAGCCCACCACGCCAUUAACGUUCCCCUCAACGACGGAAUCACAGAUGAGCAGUACAAAUGGCUCUUCGAAAACGUCAUCGGCCAAUGCAUGGAGAAGUUCCGUCCCAGCGCCAUUGCUUUGCAAUGUGGUGCCGACUCCCUCGCCGGUGACAGGCUUGGUAGGUUCAACCUCCAGGUGCAGGGACACGGGGCCUGUGUCGAGUUCUGUAAGAAGUUCAACGUGCCUAUGAUUCUCUUCGGCGGCGGCGGGUACACGCCUCGAAACGUCGCCCGCGCGUGGGCUUUCGAGACGAGCAUCGCCAUCGACUGCCAGGACAAAAUCGAUCCCAUCAUCCCGAUGCACGCUCCCUGGAGAGAACAAUUCAGAUACGAGGAGCUAUUCCCGACGCUGGAACAGAUAUUGGGUGAACCGCGCGCGAAUAGGAAUCCUCAGAAGCGGCUCAAUGAUCUCGUGCAACAUGUGACGGAACAGUUGAGAUUCGUCCAGGCAGCUCCGAGUGUGCAGUACCAGGCGAUUCCGCCAGACUUGGGUGGCCUAAGAGAAGAUGUUGAAGAGAAGCUGAAGGAAGAGAGGGAAGCAGAGAACGACAGCAUCAGAAAAGCACGCGAAGAGGCUGUUGGGUCGGCCAUGGAAUUCUAA